AUGAUGGACAGCAAGACGAAGAAGGACUUACCGCCCCAGAGUGAUCGGACACUCAGGGGCCGACACGGUGGGAGUACUGUCCUUGCUCCCGCCGCGUCGUCAUCUAGCGAAGGGCAGAAAGAGGGGUUGACGGCGGGCCUCUCUGGACAUUCUGCUACCGCCGCUACAGAGAAGCCACGCGAUAAGAGGAAGGCCGACAAAAGUCUUGAGUCGGCUCUUCAAGAGGGUACGGGGACGGCCGAUUGCUCCCUCGCUACGAUGGGCAUCGGCGCCCUCUUUGAUCAUAUGGCUGACUCCCUGGACGAACUUUGGGAGCGACUUUGUCAUCGCUCCAAAAUGUCUAGGGAGGAGAAAGCUGGCAGGCCGAGGGAGCUCCGGGAAAAGAUCAUAUCAAGUCUCCUGGAGCUCCAAACCCGAUUCACCCCUCUCCGUGAGUCUGUUGACAACAUCAAGAGGGGUGUCGCCAACAUGGCCGAUGUAGUAGAAAAAGUUGCUCGGGGGCAGGUGGCCUCUGAGCGACAAAUUACGGAAGCCAUCCUCCAGGUCAGUGAGAAUGUUGAUGAGGUUAGUAUCUCUACCCUCGCUGACCUGAAGGAAAUUAAGAAGGGUGUUGUGGAGGCGCGUGCGGCGAUCGAGGAGGUCCAUACUGAGGCCUCCCGGUCGCUUCACGCGCUUCACGAAAGCAUGGAAACGUCAGUGCGUGCUUUUGCCGACGUUUCCAUGCCGAGGCCGGAAGGAGCUACGUGCUCCACUCCAGUCAGGGGGGGGGAAUCGGAUUCCCCCCUCUUGGCUGGAAGAGAUCAAGAGGGUGGUGCGAUCCACUGUCUCGGGGGAGCUCCAAAAACUUUUGGAGCGGGGUCUCCCGAGGCAGCCCCCCCUGUUAGUGGGUCUCCGAUUCCCCCGCCUGUUCCGAUUAGGGCACAGGCGGAGGAAAAGGUGAAGAGAAAGAAGAAGAGAAAAAAGAAGAAGAAGGCGAUUAACGCCACCAAGGCGCCUGCGAUGAGCGGGGGGACGGCCGCUGGGGCCGUUCGAAGGGAGUCUUCUCCUCCGUUGCCCUCGCCCUCGUCAAAACAGAGGCCGCCUCGCGGGAUUCUCCCGCGUACCGAGGCGGUCACCUUGCGUCUCGAGGCUGAGGGCAUGUCGUAUGCCCAAGUCCUUCGGGACGCGAAAGGCAAGGUGGACCCUAGGUUGGCGGGCGUCUCCAGGGUGCGACGGACCUUGGAGGGGUAUCUCUUACUGGAGGUGAAGGACCGCAAAUCCAAGGCGGACCUUCUUGCCUCCAGGCUGAGAGAGGUUCUCCCCGAAGGAGUUAGAGUGGCUCGUCCAUCCCGGAACGUGGAGAUUUUAGUUUCGGGAUUGGACGAGUUCACCACAGAGGACGAUCUCCGCCAGGAGUUUGAGGCAGAGUUCGGUGGCGGGAGCGGCGUUAGGGUUGUAUCCCUGCGUCGCUCCCAGCCAUCGGGUGGAGUCGCCUUGGUUCGCUGCUCAUUUGAGGCGGCGGCCAAGGCGAUUAAAGUAGGCAAAUUGCCGGUUGGCUGGGUGGUGGCGAGGGUGCGUGCACUCCGCCCCCGGCCCCUGCAAUGCUACAGGUGUUUUCAGCCUGGGCACUGCAGGGCUUUGUGCUCCAGUCAGGUCGACCACAGUGAUCUCUGUUAUCGCUGUGGCCGGCCGGGGCACGGAGCGGCCAACUGUACAGAGGAUGAGAGGUGUCCCCUCCGUGAGGAGUUGGGUCGGGAGUCUUCCCACUGA